AUGUCAGCGUUGAAGGAGCAGAAAGAGCAGUUUGUUUCGGGGUUGACUGGGGGGUCAAUUACAGAAAUAUACCAAGCUACAUCAAUUGCAUUAACGUCAUACUUGUCAUAUGUCUUGAUAAACAAUCAAAACUCUAAUGAGCUUUCAUUCCCCCUAGACUUUCUUCUUAAUGUCAUAACAUUGUGCUGCUCUAUAACUUCAUAUAGUGGGCAUAUUGGAAUGUUGCAUUUGAUGGUAAUUACGCCAGCACUAGUUGCCGUGCUCAUUGGUAAUGGAAAGAAGAUUCUGAAGACACGCGGUUUGGCAAAGCGUAAGGCAAAUCAUAGCAAGGAUAAGGGAAGCGGAUCUGACCCUUUCUCUCAAAAAUUGCCGAAAAAGCCUUUCAUUACAGCAUAUAGAUCUUACAUGCUCAUAAUCACUAAUUUGUGUAUUCUAGCCGUUGACUUUCCCAUAUUUCCUAGGCGAUUUGCCAAAGUAGAAACCUGGGGUACUUCGAUGAUGGACCUUGGCGUUGGCUCCUUUGUAUUUUCAAUGGGAUUAGUUAAUUCGAGGUCUGUCUUGAAACGUUUACUGUACUCGAAAUACAAAUUUACGUGGUCUAAUUACUUGGGUUUAAUUAAGAACAAUACAGUAAAGGCUAUUCCAGUAUUAGUCCUUGGGCUAAUAAGACUAGCUAGUGUCAAAUCAUUGGACUAUCAGGAACAUGUUACUGAAUAUGGAACGCACUGGAAUUUUUUCAUCACUCUCGGUCUAUUACCUGUAUUCGUUGGCAUAUUGGAUCCAAUUUUAAAUACAAUUCCCCGAGAAAUUGUUGCAUUUGCGAUCGCGUUAGGAUAUGAACUAGCUUUAAAUGAAACACCUUUACUAGAGUAUAUCUUGAAGACUGAUAAUAGGUUUGCGAAUAUUAUUACCAUGAAUAAGGAAGGAAUUUUUUCAUUUUUUGGAUACUUGAGUAUAUUCUUAUUUGGUCAAUCUUUUGGAUCCUUUGCUUUGACGAGCGAUACUGUGGAAACUGGUAUUAAGAACGGGUUAUUCGGAACAAAUACUAGAAGGGGAUUAAUUUCAACAAGUAUUUUAUACCAAGGUAUUUUUUUGCUUGCAAGAUAUGUUCCCUUGUUUAGCAAUGUCUCGAGAAGGCUCGCAAACUUUCAGUACGUGAUUUGGGUUGUUUCUUAUAACGCAAUCUUUUUGUUGGGCUUUGAUAUGAUCGAAACUCAUGUUUCUGUUCGUGAGGCAACGUCACAGUUAUUGGACGCCAUCAAUAAAAAUGGUCUCAUGAUAUUUUUGGUCUCAAAUCUACUCACUGGCCUUGUUAAUAUGACUAUAAACACAUUAGAAUGUGGUAACACUGCAGCAUUUGGCGUCUUGACAUGCUAUUCUAUUGUUUUUUCUGCUUUGGCUGUCAUUUUAGACAAGAAUAAUAUCUAUAUUAAGUUGUAG